AUGUCGCAGACCACCGCCUUCGAAGUGCGAUCGUUAUAUCGUUCUUUGCUGCGGCAGGGACGACAGUUUGCCGCGUACAAUUUCCGCGAGUAUGCGAAGAGGAGGACGAGGGAUGCGUUCAGGGAGCAUAGCACGGAGACGGAUGGGAGGAGGGUGCAGGAGCUUGUGCAGAAGGGGUUGAAGGAGUUGCAGGUUUUGAAGAGACAAACGGUUGUAUCACAAUUCUUCCAGCUGGAUCGGUUAGUGGUGGAAGGAGGAAAGACUGGCAAGCAAAAAGGAAACGAGGGCGGCAUAGUACGGCAGAAAGACGUCGGAUGGGAUUGA